GUGAGGGGUGAUGAGCAGAGUACAGAGGACAUUCCUACAGAUAACCGCCCAGAUGACUGUACCAGGAACUUUGAGAAACAUCUGGUAUCGUCAGAUUUUGAAGUAGAUGAUUGUGGUAUCACACGAGAUACAUUUGAAGAGCAUGCCAAUAUGCAAGAUAUACCCUCAUCCAAUCACAGCAACAACGCAUCAUUUGAUUCUUUUAAACAGGUCCGAUCUUCUGAUUCAUCACAGACUGUAACACAAAAUAAAGGUCACAGAAGAGGUGCUAAACAUCAAACCGCUCACAUAAGAGGGAAGCCAUUUUUAUGUUCAGAAUGGGGUAAAUGUUUUAAGCAUAAAUCAGUUCUUGUUAUAAAUCAGAGAAAUCAAUCAGGAGAGAAGCCAUUUUCAUGUUCAGAAUGUGAGAAAUGUUUUCACAAUAAAUCAGACCUUGUUAUACAUCAGAGAAAUCACACAGGAGAGAAGCCAUUUUCAUGUUCAGAAUGUGGGAAAUGUUUUCACAAAAAAUCAGACCUUGUUAUACAUCAGAGAAUUCACACAGGGGAGAAGCCAUUUUCAUGUUCAGAAUGUGGGAAAUGUUUUAACCGUAAAUCAAAUCUUGAUACACAUCAGAGAGUUCACACAGGGGAGAAGCCAUUUUCAUGUUCAGAAUGUUGUAAAUUUUUUAAGCAUAAAUCACAUCUUGUUAGACAUCAGAGAAAUCACACAGGAGAGAAGCCAUUUUCAUGUUCAGAAUGUGGGAAAUGUUUUAAUCAGAAAUCAGAACUUGUUAUACAUCAGAGAAAUCAUACAGGAGAAAAGCCAUUUUCAUGUUCAGAAUGUGAGAAAUGUUUUAAGAAGAAAUCAGAACUUGUUAUACAUCAGAUAAAUCAUACAGGAGAGAAGCCAUUUUCAUGUUCAGAAUGUGGGAAAUGUUUUAACCGUAAAGUAAAUCUUGAUAUACAUCAGAGAAUUCACACAGGGGAGAAGCCCUUUUCAUGUUCAGAAUGUGGCAAAUGUUUUCACAAUAAAUCAGUUCUUAUUACACAUCGGAGAAAUCACACAGGGGAGAAGCAAUUUUCAUGUUCAGAAUGUGAGAAAUGUUUCAACCAUAAAUCAUCUCUUGUUAAUCAUCAGAGAAAUCACACAGGAGAGAAGCCAUUUUCAUGUUCAGAAUGUGGGAAAAGUUUUCACAAUAAAUCAGUUCUUGUUAAACAUCAGAGAGUUCACACAGGGGAGAAGCCAUUUUCAUGUUCAGAAUGUGGGAAAUGUUUUAACCGUAAAUCAAAUCUUAAUACACAUCAGAGAAUUCACACAGGGGAGAAGCCAUUUUCAUGUUCAGAAUGUGGGACAUUGUUUAAGCAUAAAGCAGCUCUUGUUAGACAUCAGAGAAAUCACACAGGAGAGAAGCCAUUUUCAUGUUCAGAAUGUGGGAAAUGUUUUAACCGUAAAUUAGGUCUUGUUAUGCAUCAGAGAAAUCACACAGGAGAGAAGCCAUUUGCAUGUUCAGAAUGUGGGAAAUGUUUUAACCGUAAAUCAGAUCUUUAUACACAUCAGAAAUUUCACACAGGGGAGAAGCCAUUUUCAUGUUCAGAAUGUGGGAAAUGUUUUCACAAUAAAUCAGAUAUUGUUAGACAUCAGAGAAUUCACACAGGGGAGAAGCCAUUUUCAUGUUCAGAAUGUGGGAAAUGUUUUAAUCAGAAAUCGGCUCUUGUUGUACAUCAGAGAAAUCACACAGGAGAGAAGCCAUUUUCAUGUUCAGAAUGUGAAAAAUGUUUUAAGAUGAAAUCAGAACUUGUUAUACAUCAGAGAAAUCAUACAGGAGAGAAGCCAUUUUCAUGUUCAGAAUGUGGGAAAUGUUUUCACAAUAAAUCAGUUCUUGUUAAACAUCAGAGAAUUCACACAGGGGAGAAGCCAUUUUCAUGUUCAGAAUGUGGGAAAUGUUUUAACCGUAAAUCAAAUCUUGAUACACAUCAGAGAAUUCACACAGGGGAGAAGCCAUUUUCAUGUUCAGAAUGUGGGAAAUGUUUUCACAAUAAAUCAGUUCUUAUUACACAUCAGAGAAAUCACACAGGGGAGAAGCAAUUUUCAUGUUCAGAAUGUGAGAAAUGUUUCAACCAUAAAUCAUCUCUUUUUAAACAUAAAAAAAAACACAUAUAAGAGAAGCCAUCUUCAUGCUUAGCCCGUUAGUGACCUCCCUUAUGUGUUUUUAUGGUGUUCACUAACUAGCUUUAUUUCUUCAGAUACUCUUUUUUUUUACAGGGAGAUAAAACAGUGCCAAAGGUAGCUGAGUGCUUGGAGUGAUGAUUGGGACCAUUGUGAGAGCUCCCCAAACAAACAUAGUCUCCUGUAUUGAAUGAAUAUUGGUAAUCAAAGGACAGCUCCAGUUACAAGUGAAACUAAGUUAUUUUUUUUUUUUAUACAUCUCCUCGAAACACAAAUGUUUAGUCAGAGAAAAAAAUAUAAACUGU